AUGGCAAUUUCUAAAGCUCUCUACUCAAUAGCCAUUCUUGUCAUUUUCUUUGUCGUUUCGAGUAGCCAAACUGUCUGCAAUCCACAAUGCAAGGCUAAAGAACCCUUCAACUGUGACGAUACUCUUUUCUUCAACCGAGCUGGAUUUCCAAAGAAUUUCACUUUUGGUGCGGCUACUUCUGCAUAUCAGAUUGAAGGUGCUGCACAUAGAGCUUUUAAUGGAUGGGACUAUUUCACUCAUAGAUAUCCAGAAAAAGUUCCUGAUAAAACUACAGGAGACCUUGCUUGUGAUUCGUAUAAUCUUUACAAGGAGGAUGUCGCAUUACUAGUAAAACUGAAGGUUCAAGCAUACCGAUUCUCAGUUGCAUGGUCAAGGGUCUUACCAAAGGGAACACUCGCUGGAGGAGUGGACGAAAAUGGUAUAACAUACUACAGCAAUCUCAUCAACGAGUUAAAAGCGAAUGGCAUAGAACCAUAUGUCACUAUCUUUCAUUGGGAUGUUCCCCAAGCUUUAGAAGACGCAUACGGAGGGUUCCUACACUCACGUAUAGUGGAGGAUUACACAAACUAUGCAGAGCUUCUAUUCCAAAGAUUGGGAGACAGAGUCAAAUUUUGGAUCACUUUCAACCAGCCUUACACUUUCGCAACCAGAGGUUAUGCAGAUGGAGGGCAUGCACCGGGACGGUGCACUGGCUGUGAACUUGGAGGAAAUUCUGGAACCGAACCUUAUAUAGUUGGACAUAACGAACUUCUAGCUCAUGCGAAAACUGUAGCUCUAUACCGAAGUAAAUAUAAGGUAACUCAAGGUGGUAAGAUAGCAAUAACCUUGAUCGGAAGAUGGUUCGUGCCAUUAAACGAAACUAGCGAGCAGGACAAGGCUGCUGCAAAACGACAAGUCGAUUUUAUCGUUGGAUGGUUCUUGGAUCCACUGGUGUAUGGAGACUAUCCAAAGAUAAUGAAAGAGUUGGUUGGAGAUAGAUUGCCAAUAUUCACACCCGAACAAUCAGAUUUAGUUAAAGGAUCACUUGAUUUUCUAGGGUUGAACUAUUACUUUACACAAUAUGCGUCCAAUAUACCUAAUUUUACUAUUCCGACAAACCGUAGUUCCUUAACCGAUCCACAAACUACUAUUGGAUUUUAUCGCAAUGGAAUUCCUGUUGGCGUUCAGGAUCCUGCUUUCGUGUAUUAUCCUCCAGGAUUCCGUAUGAUUCUAAAUUAUAUCAAAGACAACUACAAAAACCCACUUACCUACAUCACCGAACAGGGAGCUGCUGAUUUUGGAAACGUGACGCUUGCAGUUGCUCUUGCCGACAACAAACGGAUUCAAAGCCAUUGCAGCCAUCUUGCAUGUCUCAAAUGUGCCAUAGAGGAUGGAUGCAACGUAGCAGGAUACUUUGCAUGGUCAUCGAUGGACAAUUACGAAUUUGGAAAUGGUUUCUUUAUCCGAUUUGGUAUGAAUUGGGUCAACUUCACUAAUCCUAGCGAUCGAAGGCAAAAGGCAUCUGGCAGAUGGUACGCCAGAUUCAUAUCUUACUGUGAUAGUGUGAUGGGUCAUUUGUGUGAGAUGUAG